CGGGGCAGACGGCGGCGCGCCUCCGAGAGGGAAGCGGCUUUCAAUUUCAAACCAAAACAGUCGGAGAGGAGCCAGCGGUGGUGGUGGUGUGGGGGGGAGGGAGAGUGUGGGCUGUCGGGAGUCGAAACGCAACGGAUACCCGGCGGAAAUUGAAAGCAAAGGUCGAGGUUUCGCGUAGCGUCGGAAACGUUGCGCGCCGCGGUCGCAGCGGAAGGAAGGAAACCAAAAAAAAAAAAAAAACAACAAAAAAAAAAGUGUCCGUCGGUUUCCCCACAACAGCGUCGAUGUCGCAAAGCUGAAGGCGUCCGUCCGCCCGUCCGGCCGCCGUGUGUGUCGACAGCCCGGCUCCGUGUAGACACGCUCGUUUCCACGCUUCACCCGCAUUGUCGCCCGUAACGAGUCGCUCGUCGAGAAGCAUGCCGAGGUCCAACAGGCAAAGGGAAUACAAACCCGGGGACCUGGUGUUCGCCAAGAUGAAGGGAUACCCGCACUGGCCCGCGCGGAUUGAUGAGUUGCCUGAAGGGGCAGUGAAGUCCCCGUCUAACAAGUACCAAGUCUUCUUCUUCGGGACACAUGAGACGGCGUUCCUGGGAGCAAAGGACCUGUUUCCCUAUGACGAGUGCAAGGAGAAGUUUGGUAAACCAACCAAGAGGAAAGGCUUCAGUGAAGGACUCUGGGAAAUUGAGAACAACCCCACAGUGACGCAUGAGGGCUAUGAGGCAGGAAAGAAGGACAGCCCACCAGAAGAGUCAGGAGAGACAGGUGGCUUGGAGAAAGUGGACGCUGAGGGCAGCAGCGACGAGGACGAAGGUGCCCUGGUCAUCGACGAGAAGAACGAGCGAGGGGGAGCUAAGCGGAAAGCCGGCGAGUCCACGGAGGCGUCUCCCAAGCGGCUGAAGGACGGUGAAGGGGAGGGCGACUCGAAAGCGGACAACAACAAGUCCAGCGCGGAGGCCAAGGUCAAUGACGUGGCAGGGCCUAAGCCAUCCGCUCCGUCUUCACUGAGCGAGUCCAAGCCAGAGGCCCAGGAAAACCCUUCUGCUGGGGGCCAGUUAACAUCGGAUAAGCCUGUGACGGACAGCGCUUAACACCAACUCUCAGAUGACAACCGAGAACCUUUGGCUCCUCUCUCUGCAAUUUGAAGCAUCAAAACGGCUAGCUACAGGAUGCUAGAUUUCUGCUGUUUAAUUAAUGGGAGAAAUUUCAAACCUAAAUACGUUUGUAUUACGAGACAAACAAAUCUUCAUUGCCAUUUUGGGAUAUCAUAUAUCCCAGAAUUAAAAGUUUGCUAAUCCGAAUUAAAACAAUCGAACUGGGCACAUUAAUGCUCAUUUAUAAGUGGAAUUUUGGUGUAUAUAUACAAUUUCUUUUUUUAUUUCCAAGUGCAAUUAAGUAAUUACAAAGUCUGGAUGCUAGGUUUCAAAUACAUUUCAGUUUAGUUGGCAAACACGCUGAAUUCCUAGUGAUGAAAACGUAAGAACCAGAAAUAAACAGCUUGAAAAGAUUAUUCGAGGAAAAGAAAUACUUUCACCUACAAAACCAGUUCAGUUUGACAGAAACUCCCGCUUGACCAUUAAUUUCACACUAGCUUUUGGAAACAGACCGGUGUUGUACUUUGUAGAAAACAAACAUUCACUCAUGCUGUCAGCUUUAAUACCUUAUGUAUACGUUAAAGUUGUAGUCAUCUUUUCUUCCAUGCAUUUCACCCUGGCUUUCCUGCCACCUGAAAACAGGCGACUUAACUUGCACUUUCAAAAGCUAUUUCGCCCCGUCAAGCAUUGACUAGGUGACUUUAGGGAAUUGAUAUGCUACACAGCUUUUAUUGCUCUCAUGCUAUGCAUGCUGCAUUGGUUGUGACAAAUUAAUACAGGUUAUUUAAUUAAAUUUUAAAUAUGGCCUAUUUGGCUUUUUAAUAUUUUGAAUACACAAAGCCUGUCAGAGACAAACCUCAAACUAAUAGCACAUUUUAGCCAAUUUGUAAAUCUCCCUCUCCUUCCCAGCAUCCUCCUAGCUGACAUUCCUGGAAUUUAUUAGCGUCGAUCUUGGGUGUUGAAAUGUUUUGGGGCGGGUCGAAUUUGAUGCUCACUUGUGGUGUUUUGUUUUUAGCAUUGUGUUGUGUGUUUUUUUUUUUUUUUUACCUCAUCAGUUCUGAUGAUCUGUGCUGUAUUUUAAAUUCUCAUUUCUCUGUCAUUAAGCCGCCAUUGCCAGGUACUGUACUGGAUGUAGAAUUGAGAAGGACACUAAACUGCAUUUCAGCCAAUGGUGGCACCGGCUAUGUUCCCUCUAAAGUUCAGAAUUGUGUCACUGUCAUAGAUCAUCUACACCAACAACUGCAGUGCCUUGCAAAAGUAUUCAACCCCCUUGACAAUCAUCACUAAUUUCUGGAUAUAAAAGUUACUCGCACAUCUGUUCCUGAACAAUAUAAUUUUUGUGAACCCAUAAGCUCUAACAGCAUGUUCCCAAAGCCAAAAUAAGUUAUGUUUCGCUGACUCUUUUUAAAUAAAUUAAAAACUAAAAUAUAGUGCUUGCAUAAGUCUUUAACCCCCACAUAUCAAUACUUUGUAGAGUACCCUUUUGCUGCAGUAACAGCCAUGAUUCUCUUGGGGUAAGUAUGUACAAGCUUUGCACGGUCUUCUGGAGUAAUUUUUGCCCAUUUUUCUUGGCAGAAUUUGUACAGGUCUUGCAGGUUGGUGGGAUGGCACCUCUGGACUGCAAUUUUCAGUCUGUGCCACAGAUUUUCAAUGGGGUUGAGGUCCGCACUUUGACUUGGCCACUCCAAAACGUUCUGUUGCUGAGCCACGCCAUUGUUGCUUUAGCCUUGUGCUUAGGAUCAUUGUCCUGCUGGAAGGUGAACCUUCUCCCAAGCUCCCGUUUUACAGCAGACCGCAACUGAUUUUCUUCCAGUAUUUCCCUGUAUUUAGCUCCACCCAUUCUUCCCUCCAUUUGAACAAGGUUCCCAGUGCCUGCAGAUGAAAAGCAACCCCAUGGCAUUAUGCUGCCGCUGCCAUGCUUCACUGUAGGCAGGGUGUUUUUUAGGGCAGUGUUAGGCUUGCGCCACACACAACGCUUUGAGUUCUGGCCAAAAAGCUCAACGUUUCAUCUCAUCUGACCACAAACCCUUUACCCACAUCCUAACUGGGUCUCUCUCAUGUUUGGUAGCAAACUCAAAGCAUACUUUUAUACGCGUAGUUUUGAACAACGGCUUCUUUCUGGCAACCCUCCCCAUAUAGGCCAGAUUUAUGGAGAGCCUGUGAUAUGGUUGACUCAUGCACAUUUACUCCAGUUUCAGCCACUGACCUCUGCAGCUCCUUCAAAGUGAUUGCAGGAUCGUCUGUGGCUUUCCUCACCAGCCCACGUCUUGCUCGGACCCAUAGCUUUGAGGGACGGCCUGUCCUACAAAGCGUCUGGGUGGUGUGAUACAGCUUCCACUUUCUGACGAUGGAUCCAGCAGUGUUCCAUGGGACAUCCAAACACUUGGAUAUUGUUUUCUAUCCCUUUCCCGCCUUCUGCAUUUUAAUCACGUUGUCUCUUAAUUCAGUAUUACGCUUCUUUGUUUUCUGAUGGAGUUCACGCCUGGCUAAUGAACUUUACACAGAGUGCUUUUUAUACCCGUAAACAAGACCAUUACUUUAAUAUCCUGCAGGUGCACACUAAUUAUGUCCAAUUGUGUUAACCUGAGUUUGUUGUAGGAAUAAUGUGUCAUUUGUGUAAACUUGGAGCUUUCAGAACACAAGGGGUUGAAUACUUAUGUAUGCAAGCACUAUAGUUUUUAAUUUAUUAGUAGAAAGCCAGCAAAACAUAACUUAUCUUGGCUUUGGGAACAUGCUGUUAAAGUUGAUGGAUUCACAAAAAUGAUGUUCAGGAACAGAUGUGCGAGUAUCUUUUAUCAUCCAGAAAUUAGAGAUGACUGUCAAGGGGGUUGAAUACUUCUGCAAGGCGCUGUAGUGUACAAAAAUAAUCACGCUUUCAAAAAUGGGAAUAACUUGAAGGUGGCUGUGAUUAUUACUUCCAGUUAACCCCCACUGUUAAAAGGUUGGGAUUUCUCUUUACCAAACUUUCACAACUGGAAUAUGAUAUGAAUAUUUUAUUUAGUCUUAUAUUUUAGCUGAGUCCAAAUAAUGUCUUUCUUUUUUUUUUUUGCUUGUCUGAUCAGAUAAUGUGUUGUUUAUAUGACAUUAUUAUACCUUGGAGUCUUCAGAGUUCCAGUGUGCUGGUUUCUCAGUCUUCAGGAUUAGGUUUUUACAUGCUAUGCGCAUUUUUAUAUUCUACGUGUUUGAUGUCGCAUUGAUAUUUGACUUCAUUGCUCUGGGCAUAUGUGGAUUUCCCUGUUUCCCAAAUAAGAGCCCACAGUAAUUCGAAUUAUCGCCGAACCCGAGAGAAGCCUUAGUUCUUGGUAGGAAAAACAAACCUGAAUCUUUUCAUUCUGGGUUUGUUGGCUGUCCACGUGCACCCCGUGCUGUCCCGCUGCAUGACUGUUAUACACACACACACACACACACACACACACACACACACACACACACACACACACACACACACACACACACACACACAUUAACACAUCACUUAGCCCCGCUACCAACACUGUUUCAUAACCGAAAAUGGACAAGUCACGUCAAUCAUGUCUGGUGUAAAACUCUUAGGAUGUAAUUUGUUGUUACGGUGUAUUCCUUGAUUUAGCUUCCCUCUGUCAUUUUUGCGAGCUGCCACUCAUUUCAAUCUACUGCUUAGUUCUACCAUUGUAGUCGCCAAUUCAUUUAAUAAAAUGUUGAUUACGAA